UUCUGUCAAAAUCGAUUUGUUUGUGGUUCGAUUUCUCCCGAAAUUCACAAAUUUCAUCAAUUAAAACUUAUUUUUAAUCAUUUGAAAGAGAUUUAAAAGACUCCGAAGGCAAUAUGGAAUCAAUGGUUGAGAAGCAAGCACCCCAAAAUGUCAAAGUAAUCGACAGAGAAAAGACUUGCCCGUUGCUUUUGCGAGUUUUUUGCGGAGCCGGCGGGCGACACAACUCCGUUUCAGAGUUUGCACACGGAAAUGUUCCAUCAAAUGAGCUCCAAAUUUACACCUGGAUGGAUGCCAGUCUACGCGAACUUACAACUCUCGUGCGCGACGUGAACCCAGAUACUCGUAAAAAAGGCACCUACUUCGAUUUCGCCAUUGUUUAUCCGGAUCCGCAACGACCUGGUUAUCGAAUGCGCGAAAUUGGCGUCACCUGUUCCGGUCAAAAAGGCAGCGACGACAACAAGACAUUAGCACAAGCCAAAUUUUCCAUCGGGGACUUUUUGGACAUCAGUAUUACGCCACCGAAUCGAAUGCCUCCAUCGGGACGACGCGAUAGACGACCAUACUAA